CAUAUGAAGAAUAAAGAUGGUCCCUUGACUUGGGUAUCGUAAAAUCGUUAUCAUAUGUCUCUUUUGUCGAUUGUGGUAGAAGAAUCCUACGCAGCUUAGGCUUCAAAUUAUAAAUUUUAAUCCGAAAAACUCGAGAUUUUUAGAAUCUUUCAAUUUUCCACCAAACCCGACUACUAAAUUCAGUCUUUGUUUCUUCUCUUUCUAUUUGAAUGCACUAAAUUCUUGGGGGUUUCUUAUCAACUCAUCUCUAUCUGUUCUCUACUUUAAAAAUAAAACAACCAUAAAUUCCACUUGUUUCAUCAUCAUUUCCUUCUUCAAGGCAGCGAAUUUCAUUUCACAGCUGACAAGUAAAUUAAAGUAUUCAUCAUGGGAGCUUGUUGCUGUUGUUUGGGUAUCAGGGAUCCUGAACUACAUGUUUCCACUUUUAUCAGUCUCAAUAGCGUCAUUCAUGCCCUCAGGGGAAAGUUUACCGGAGUAAGGAGCAACGAGCAAUCGGAUUCGCCCGCUUCGAAUUCUCAAGUGUCAGCCCCUUUGGAUUCUAAUGCUGCAUUUAACAAUAUCAUCACACAUACUGCAAGGGUCUUGCAUUCCGAAGCUGAUACGACACCCUCAUACGAGUACGAUCGGAUUGAAGGAAGAGAGGAUUAUCGACUCAAUCACACGGAACACGCAAGUAUAGGAAACAAAUCAGCUGGAGUUCAAUGCGAAUCUCAAUUGAAGUUCUCACACGAUAAACCUGAAACUGAAGUUGGUUGUGACUAUGGAUCAUUAGAAGAUGAAGAUGUUUGCCCCACAUGUCUUGAAGAUUACAUUCCCGAAAAUCCAAGAAUAGUUCUUCAAUGUUCCCACACUUACCACCUUGGUUGCAUAUAUGAGUGGAUGGAGAGAUCCGAAAACUGUCCUAUUUGUGCCAAGAUGAUGAUGUUUGGUGAAGCAGAAAUUGGAUCACCAUUAACCAAAGAUGAACGUAUGAUUUUUGAGGGUACAUUUCAAUAGUUUUUUUUUUCCGAGUUUUGUAGUUUGAUGAGAAAGAGAUAUAGGUUCCUGCAUUGCUAUUUAUACCAUUGCAAGAAAUUAUGUACUCUUUUUUUUUUCACUGAAAAGAAGAUUUAGUCUAAUUGCUUGAUAUAAUCACCAAGAAAUUAUGAAAAUUGUAUCUUCAAAGGCAGCAACUGACAGUUAAUAACGAGUGAAAUACGAGAUCCAGUAAUACACUAAUCAUCGACAUCGAUACACAAAUAUAUGUAUGUCAAGACAAAGCAGACAUAAAAGGCAUGAGUUUCCAACAAUUUAUCCUUUCUCAUGCUGUUUUCUUUUUUAAAGAAAAGAACCAUAGUGCAUGGAUCUAUGUCCAUAUUCACAUAUAACCAAAAGCAUAGUUAAAUUAAUUGUACCCAUUUUCAUGCAGCAAAGCAUCCCAAAUGGCAUGAGUAAAUAGGUUCCAGAGUAAGGUCUAGUUCAUUCCUCCUCAUUUCUGUUGCUUCUUCCUGGUAUG